AUGGGCAGCGACGUGAUCAUCUCAAUAAAUGCAGACAAAAAUUUUAAUACAACCCAAGACUUAUCGCAAGUUACUGAAGAUUCUGUUGGCUUAAGUCUUCAAAUAAAAGGGGACGUUGUUGUGGAUUUGUUUGGUAAAAUUCAAGAGUCAGCGCAGAGAAUUGGAGAUGAUAUAAAAAGUGUUUUUCAAUCAAAAAAUAGAAGGAACAACCAAUAUGAAUCAAGGAUUGUAUUCAAGACUGAUGAAGAUGCACCUGACAAGACUACAGCCACAAAUGUUGUUACAAAUACACAAGUUCCGGUAACGACAGUAAAAAGUGAUUCAGACAGUAAAACGAAUGGAACGGUGCCAGAUGGAAGAGAAAAUUUCAGAGGUGCUUGUGCAACAGGUUACGAGCGUACAGCUGAUGGAAGAUGUAAACCUACUUAUUAA